UGUUGUCAACUAUAAAAUUAUUAACUUCCAACAGUUCAUAUGUAAAUUCAGGAGACCAAAAUAAAUGGGAGCAAUUUUCAGGGUGUAAUUCACAGAAAGAGCAGUUUACAUCCAUGUCACUCUUAAACUUCUGUAAGAAAUGUUUCACUGGAUAAAUUAAACUUCUUUUACCUUUUUUGUUAGAAGGAACUUGUGGUGAGGACCAAGAUGAGUUAUCAAACUUAUGAAUAUGUUUUACAGGGAAAGAAAAGAGAGUCAAAACUGGGAAAAUGUGUUUUUAUUUCACUGUGUGACGAGAUGACAUCUGUGUGAAAUCGGUGGGGCAGGUGAUGUAGCUGGUGAGCUAACAUGCUAACCGCUAACAUGCUAGCCAGGCCAAGUUAAACUCUACCAGAAAAGAUCUGUGUGGAUUUUCUUUCCCCUGCGAGUGAUCAAAUUGGAGUAAACUCAAUUUGCCAGAAGAUGUUUCUGUUUUAAAUCCUGAUCAGGCUCUUAAACCACACCUGCUGUUACCACGGUAACCAUGGGUGUCACCAAAUCCACCAGGACUGAAACCUGAAGGAUGCCUGCAUUCAGUCAGCCAUAUCAGGGGACAAUUACAGCUGCAGCACUGCUCCAAUUAAUUGAAGCCAAAAUCAACAUUAAAGUCCAAUGUUGAGCAAAAACGGCAUUUACGCUUGGCUGCUAGCAGCAGAGCUACAGGCUAUAAAGUGCAGAGCGCUGAUACGAGAGCAGUGCAAAGAGACAGAUCAUCAGCUCACUGGACACACAGAUCGACUGCUGGAAGCAAACAUGCAGGCGGUGGUUUUCCUGAUCUCAGCGGUGUUGGCUGCUGUAAUUUCAUCCAGCGCCGGUUAUCAGUUCGGACCGCUAUGCUGCAGUAAUCCUACAAACGCAAUCCGAGGCUCAGAUAUCUUUGGAGAAGGGAGGUUUGGAGCUUCAAGAGGGAGCAGAAAGCACGGUGGAGUCGAUAUUAAAUGUGAGGAUGGUUCAAAGGUCUACGCUCCGCUGGAUAUGACCAUCACCCGUCAGUCUAUACCUUAUAGAUACGGCACCAAAACGGCCAUCAACAACGGUAUCGCCUUCACCGCUGAAGGCAUGCGCUUCAAACUGUGGUAUAUUCGUCCAACAAAGUUCUCGGGGACGGUGAGGAAGGGAGACCUUAUCGGCACCAUGUUGUCCAUGCAGAGCGUUUACAGUGGAAUCACCUCACAUGUUCACCUGGAGAAGGAUCCCAAAACUGAUCCCAUGCAUGUAAUCAACACUCAGGACACGGCGGCCAACCGAGCUUUCUGCAGUUCUCGAGACUGAAGUCAAGUAUAAGAAACUCAACAGUUGAUCAGUGUGUUUCAGCCAUUCAAGUGAAACGGGCUGUUUUCAAUAAAAAAUAUUGACCAUCUUUAAA